CAGCAAGCUAGAACUCGGGACCACCGUGUAGCGUCCAAGAAGGGUUGAGCAACAUUCAAAGAAAUUGUCCCGGCCACUUGACUAACAAAAACCAAGAAUUCUGAACAUAUCUGAAUGUAUUUUUUUUAAAUAAUUAAUUAAUCUUGGUUUUCUCCCAAUGUUGGUUCUUCUUGCUUUAGUUCUUACAUCAGUAAUGGUUCAUGCCCAGAAUGAUCAAUCAGACAUCAUAAGCAUUGACUGUGGGAUAACAAAAGGCUCAACAUACACCGAUUAUUCAACUGGCAUAAGCUACGUAUCAGAUGCUGAAUUCAUAGAUAGUGGCGAAAUACAUAACAUAUCGGUUGCUUCUGAUAAACAGCUUAGCACCCUUACAAGUUUUCCCAACAACACGAGAAACUGUUACACCCUACGACCAAAAAAUGGAAAGGGUACCAGGUUUCUGAUAAGAGCAAGUUUCAUGUAUGGGAACUAUGACUUCAAGAACCGACUUCCAGUAUUCGAUGUCUAUCUUGGACCUGAUUACUGGGACACCAUGAGAUUUAAUUCGUCAUCUCAACCAAGAACCAUGGAGAUUAUACAUGUAUUGUUAUCAGAUUUCAUGCAUGUUUGUCUUGUAAAUACAAAUCGAGGAACGCCUUUCAUAUCAUCCAUCGAAGUAAGGCCUCUGGCAAAUGAUAUGUACAACGAAACUGAUGCUGGAUCUUUAUACGCUGCUACACGUGAAAAUUUUGGAUCGAAAUCUACAACAGUCAGGUAUGAAGCUGACAAGUAUGAUCGACUAUGGGGUCCAAGUGAACCUACGACACCUGAUUAUAUUUCCUUAAACACUUCAUAUAAUGUUUCUGCUGGUUCAUCCCCAAACUUACAACUACCAUUUGAUAUCAUGGGUAGUGCUGUCACGCCAAAAAACCUGAAUCUUUCAUUUGACAUCGAGUGGGAUCCUAUUAAUACAAGCGACACGUUUUUCAUUUACAUGCACUUUGCUGAGAUUGAGCAACUAAAAAGAAACCAGACUCGUGAAUUCAACAUUUAUCUAAAUGGGAAGCUAUGGUAUGAACAUCUGAAUCCACUAAAUCACACAACAACCACUAUCCCUAGCAGUGAACCCGAGGCAAUAGCAUCAAGGUAUACACUCACGAUAAAUAAAACUAGAAAUUCAACCCUUCCUCCAAUCAUCAAUGCUCUCGAGCUUUAUGUGUUAAAGAAACUCCCACAAAAGCAAACAGAAGAUCAAGAUGCUUCUGCAAUAUGGAGUAUCAAGUCUGUAUAUGGUGUAAAAAGACACUGGCAAGGAGAUCCAUGUGCUCCACGGGAAACUCUUUGGAUUGGUCUCGUCUGCAGCUACAAUGAUGCUGAUUUGCCUCGGAUCAUAUCCUUAAACUUGUCUACCAGUGGAUUGAGUGGAGAAAUACAUCCUGGAUUAGCUAGUCUCACAAUGAUAGAAACCUUGGAUUUGUCCAACAAUAACUUAACAGGACCUGUGCCUGAUUUUCUCUCUAAAUUGAAUUCCCUGAAAGUCCUCAAUUUAAAAGGAAACAAUUUCAGCGGACGCAUUCCAAAAGAGCUUUUAGCAAAGUCAAAGAAAGGAUCAUUGCAGUUGAGUUUCGAUGAUAAAGAUUCUUGUGACACGAAGCAUUGCGUAAACAAGGUCAAAAAAAUCCUUGUUCCAGUAAUAGCAACGGUUGCUUCCAUCUUUGUGAUUAUGACAGCUCUCACCACCAUAUGGAUGAUAAAGAAACAAAAAGCACAUGAAAAAAGGAAAACAAGCAAGGGGUUGGAAAUAAAAAAACAAAAGUACACAUACUCAGAGAUAAAGAGCAUCACUGACAACUUCAAAGUUGUUAUUGGGAAAGGAGGAUUUGGUGAAGUUUACCAUGGACAUAUAGGUGAUGUUCAAGUUGCUGUUAAGAUGCUUUCUGCAUCAUCUCAACAAGGAGACAAAGAAUUUCAGGCUGAGGCUUAUCUUCUCUUGAGUGUUCAUCAUAGAAAUUUAACUUCACUCGUUGGGUACUGCAUUGAAGGCAAGCACAAGGGAAUCAUCUACGAGUACAUGGCUAAUGGGAACUUACAAACACAUCUUUUUGAUACGAGUUCAAAGGUCUUGAAUUGGGAAGAAAGACUACAAAUAGCGUGUGAUGCAGCAAAGGGUCUAGAGUACUUACACCACGGAUGCAAGCCACCUAUAGUCCAUAGAGAUGUGAAGUGUAACAAUAUCUUACUGAAUGAAAAGUUUCAAGCAAAACUAGCAGACUUUGGGUUGUGCAGAGCUUUUCCAACAGAAGCUGCUACACACAUUUCAACAGAAGUUGCUGGCACUCCUGGGUACCUUGACCCUGAGUAUUACUUGUCAUACAGAUUGACUGAGAAAAGUGAUCUUUAUAGCUUUGGGGUUGUGCUUCUAGUGAUAAUUACAGAUGGGGAUGUGAAAAGUGUGGUUGAUCCGAGGAUGCUGGAGGAUUUUGAUGAAGAUUCAGCAUUGAAGGCAGUAGAACUGGCAAUGGCAUGUGUCGCAGACACACCCAACAGAAGACCCACCAUGAACGAUGUGGUGAUGGGGUUAAAUGAAUGUUUGGUGGCAGAAAGAGCUCGCCGGGAAACCAAAGUAGUAGAUAGUUCAACUGAAAUCGUAUCUGUUGAUCUCGAGGAUGCAAGGUGA